UUUCACCUGUUUCACCUAUGGAGACUGUCUUCUAAUUGGGGGAGCCCGAAGUUAUGUCAGCCAAUGAGACUUAGCCCAGAUUUUCUUUUGAAUUCCCCAGGUUGCAUUGCUGCACCUGUUUCAGCCGUUGCAGUGAUGGUGCCAUCUUGAAAGCCGAAGGAAAGAAAGACGAGUGAAGAGGAAGGAAUAUAACAAUCAACCAUUUUCAAAAACUUCCUCUGUGCCCCAAGCUCCUGCCAUGGAGAGGAAAAGUGUUUGUCGGACAAGUAGUUCCCUGUGACGGCUCUGCACGAUAAAACUGCUCUGACAUCUGCUGCUCCUUCUGUUACCUUACGGGACCAAGAUGACCCUUUGGCUGCUGCUAGUUCUGUCCAUUUGGGUGAGGCCUGAUCAAGCCGGCUCCGCCCAUUCCAACGAACGGCGGGUUGUAGCACACAUACCUGGCGACAUCAUCAUCGGAGCCUUGUUCUCCGUCCAUCACCAGCCUCCUGCUGACAAGGUACACGAGCGCAAGUGUGGUGCAGUGCGAGAGCAGUAUGGGAUCCAGAGGGUGGAAGCCAUGAUGCACACGCUGGAUCGCAUCAACAGUGACCCGCACAUCCUUCCCAACAUCAGCCUGGGCUGUGAGAUCCGGGACUCGUGUUGGCACUCGGCCGUGGCUCUGGAGCAGAGCAUCGAGUUCAUACGGGAUUCGCUUGUCUCCUCUGAUGAGGCAGAGGAGUGGGGUGGAGGAGGCUCUUGGGGAGGAGGAGGAGGAGGUGGCGGAGGUGGCGGAGGACCGACAAUGAAGUGCGCUGACCCCUCUGCCACUCCGAUGCGGGGGAAGAAGCCUAUAGUAGGGCUAAUUGGACCGGGGUCGAGCUCAGUGGCCAUCCAGGUUCAGAACCUUCUACAGCUGUUCAACAUACCACAGAUUGCCUACUCUGCCACCAGUAUGGACCUCAGUGACAAGAGCCUUUAUAAGUACUUUAUGCGGGUGGUGCCUUCAGAUGCCCAACAGGCAAGAGCCAUGGUGGACAUUGUCAAGAGAUACAACUGGAGCUACGUGUCUGCUAUACACACUGAAGGUUGAGUCACUUGGUUUACUGGU